UUUAUAGUUGUGUUCGUGUUCGUGCAGUUAUUCAUUGUCAUUCUUAUCAACAAAGUGAAUAAUUUAAUGUUAUGUCAGCCAUCAAAUAAUGUUCAAUUUGGUUUAUCCAUUGAACGAUUAGUUUAUUUUAUGUAUUUAGUGAUGUAGGGACUGGUGAACAGCCGAAUCCUAUCGUGUCAGCCAUGUAGAUAGACAAGUGCUGUAAUUUGGGUCAACCCAUCCUGGAUUUAAAUGUGAUAUUGAAUUUUUUAUAUUUCCGUGUGAUUUGUUUUGAAACAAUUGAUUUUUAUGAUUUGUGUAUUGUGACUAUGGUAAACUAAAUGUUAUUUAUAGAUAGUUUACUUAUAUUUAAGUUAUUUCGUUAAUAGGAAAUGGCCGAUGGUCAUGUUAGUAAUGGGAGUGACGAAGAAGAUGAUUCAGAAAAUAAUUGUUAUCAGUAUGAGCUAAAAGGUUUUCUCAGCAAGUGGACAAACUAUAUUCAUGGAUGGCAAAGAAGAUACAUUGUCUUGAAAGAUGGAACAUUGUCUUAUUACAAAUCUGAGCAAGAAACUGGUUUCGGGUGCCGAGGUGCUAUUAGUUUAUUUAAAGCAACAAUUAAGCCACAUGAAUUUGACGAGUGUAGAUUUGAUGUCUCUGUCAAUGACUGUGUAUGGUAUUUACGAGCUGAAAGUGCAGAAGAUAGACAAUAUUGGAUAGAUAUUCUUGAAGCUUUUAAGGUGGACCGUGUACAGGUAGAGUCUGGCUACGGCAGUGAGAACAGCCUCAAGCGACAUGGCAGCGCAAUCUCUCUGGCGUCAAACACUAUCUCUACAGCUUCAGCCUCCAGGGGGCUGGUCUUGAAGGAAAAGCUUGCAGAGAUGGAAACUUACAAAGACAUCCUGUGCAAUCAGAUGAAGACUUUACAAGGAUACUUUGAUACUUGCGCUGAUUCUACAGGAAACAAACCACAAGGAGAAAACGAGCUAGUGAAGGCAGCUGUGGACUUCCGUGGUGAGGCUCUCACGUUCCGAGAGACUACUGCAGCCAUGUUGAGCAACUUACAGCAGUGUUUGGAUGCAGUUGGACAACGGGACGAUGUUUGGCGAAAGAGACUUGAGAGAGAGGUUGACAAACGUAAACAGUUGGAACAAGCUUUGCUGGGAACACGGAAACAUCCUAGUCUUGGACCAGAUCUAGAGGAGGGUCCUCACAACACACUGAAUGAGGACGAGUUCUAUGAUGCUGUUGAGACGGGAUUGGACAAGCUGGAAGAGGAGGCUAUGUUGAGAGAGAGGUUGAAACAGCCAAACAUUCCUCGGCAAUCACUGACAGCUCGACCCAACCAGCACAGACUGUGGCCACAGGUAAUACAGGUGACUGGGGAACAGAUCCACUAUGCCAAGUUGGGGGUGGGGGAGGUGGAGAAGGGAGGAUGGCAGUUGUUUGCUGAGGAAGGAGAGAUGAAGAUGUACAGGAGAGAGGAGGAAGUCAACGGACUGGUGGUGGACCCACUCAAGGCAUGUCAUGUGGUCAAAGGAGUGACGGGUCGAGAGAUGUGCCACUACUUCUUUAGUCCUCAGUACAGGCACGAGUGGGAAUCAACAGUUGAACAAAUGACCGUGGUAGAGACAAUCAGAGAAGACACAUUGGUGUUCCAUCAGGUACACAAGAGGGUGUGGCCUACGUCACAGAGAGAUGCACUGUUCUGGUCCCAUAUGACUAGAGUGCCUGACCCUCAGGACAGAGACGCUGGUGACAUCUGGGUGGUUGUCAACAAUUCUCUGAGUGACAAAGAGAACAAGGACUACCAAGGACAGGUGAAGAGCAGCAGCAAGUAUGUGCGGAUACACCUGACUGUGUGUAUGCUGUGUCAAACCAUCAUCACACCACCUGCAGACGGAGCAUCUGUCACUAGGGACAACAUCACUUGCAAGAUCACCUACUGCUCUCAAGUUAACCCCGGUGGAUGGGUGCCAGCCUCAGCUCUUCGCGCUGUUUACAAGCGAGAGUACCCAAAGUUCCUCAAACGGUUCACCGGUUACGUCAUCGGGCAAACUCAGGACAAGCCCAUCAUGUUCUAGUCUCUACAAUAUAUCUACACUGAUCAUUUUUGUAUUUAAUUUUGUGACAAUGUUAGUUUUAGUUGUAUUAUGUAAUUAACCUAUUUUUUUGUAAAUAAGAUGAGAUGAUGUAUUGUAUUUUGAUAUAAAUUUCAGGUGGACACUAA